UAACAUCCAAACACAUUUGCUUUGUUAUUCAAAUUGUGAUAUUAUUGUAUUAUUGUUUAUAGCUCAGCAACUUUUUUUACGACUCAGGAUAAAACAUUUGUAUUCAGUAUUUACACUUCACUAAUGACAACAUACACGUAGGAAUGGGUGAAAUCCCCUAAUACAGGGGUGGGCAUUACGUCGAUCGCGAUCGACUGGUCGAUCUCGGAGGGUGUGUCAGUCGAUCUCAAGCCAGGCAUUAAAAAAUAUACAUAAAAAUUAGCAAUCAUCAAUCAUACCAAGACUUCAUUUUCGUCAGUUGUUUGACAUUCUCGGCACCCGAGGAUCUUGUGAGAUGACGCUGGCUGCUGCGAGCUCAUAUUUAAGAAAAAAAUCACUAACAGGGCGGACGCAGAGAAACACAUUUUAUUUCAAGAGACUCCGUACCUACUGUCAAAACUCUAAAGACCGACUGCACAGUUCCUGUCUUCACCAUAAAAGACCUGUUUCAUCCUGCCUGUGCUAACAAAAUAAGAGUCUCAGAAAGCUAGCGUGCACAAGCUAGCAAGCUACGGAGUUUGAUGCCAAUGUAUUUCUCCCCCGCCCUCAGCGACCGCUUUCUCACUUGCUUGCCCACCCGCACACUCACUGACGUCACUUACCUGCUGCCAGACAUUAAAGGGCCACACACAUAUGCUACUCUCAUAACAAAGUGUUUAAAAACGAGUAUGCAAGUUGGACAAAUCAGAUGCCAAAUCCAACCACUUUCAUGUGGUAUUGGACAGAAAGGAGGACUUUUUUUUUCCUCCAUUUGAAAAUGCGGACGUUAUCAGCACCACUGUCUAAUUCCAAUCAAUGCAAGUCAUCAGAAUCAAAUACACCAACUUAUAUUCUUAUCUUCAUGAAAGAAAGGAAUCUAUGUGUGUUAAACAUGCUUGUAUUAUCAUUAAACACCAUUAACUUGUUAACAAAAAUGUCUCUUUCAUAAAUAAAUAAAUAUAAAUUAUAAAUAGGAAUGAGGUAGAUCUCCUCGACUUGGUCAAUUGAAAAGUAGCUCACCUGCAGAAAAGGUGUGAGUGCCCCUGCCCUAAUGCCUAUAUUACAAUACAUAUUGCACCUUCUUGCUAUAACAACAAAUAUCACAAUACAUGAUUUGGCAAAUGGGUUAUUUCAAAACAGAUUACAAAGGCUGUUAAAACCGUUAAAAGGGUUAAAAAUACAACAUUUUCAAAAUCAUUAAAUGAUUAAAUUUUUGAUCACAAUUGUAAUUAGACAAAAAUCUGGGAUGGCGGUCUAACAAUAGGAUUUAAUACUUAAAAUAUUUCCUACUAUUGGUUCUGACUUCAAUAUUUGUUGUGCCCGUAAAGCCCUCCAGUGUCCAGGUACUUCUUUCCUGAUUUUGCAAACAAUAACAGACAUGACAAAAAACAAUUUUGAUAGUUGAACAUAUUAAGUUUUCACUGCAGCACUGACCACAUACUGAUACUCUACUUGCUUUCGUUGCUGUCGAUAUUUGUAUCGGUCUGCCCACCUCUGUUGACAUUCAAACGCCCUAGCUUAGCGGUUCUCAUGGUUUAUUGUUUCCUCCUACGGUGUGUGGUGUGGCAUGGUUAGCUAAUCCUCAUCCCCCAGUGAUAAUGGUACUUGUAAGAAGUGGCUUUGCACUGUGGAGGGACGUUAGCCGCUGGGUCAUUCGCUUGUCACUGUCAAAUUAAUUGCUAGUACAUGCAUUAUCGCACUAUGACGACGGUAUUAAAAGCUCUAUUGUCGGACAAAUUGAUAUCGUUUAUUGUCAUGCGCAGUCUUCAUCCCUACCGGUUCUAAGCAGGCGGUCCAGGUGGUCCGGUGUCCUGGGUGCGGGUCUGUGGGGCUGCCGCGGGGAGCGACUGUUGGGCGUAGAGGCGGGCGAUUGCGGCUCCGGGGGCAGGUCAGGAGGAGGGUAGCCUCUCUGUACCAAGACGUUGGCGGCGCAGAGCAAACACACACUGUGCUGGCAGGGCAGCAGGAUGGGCUGCUUCACCGUGUCGUCGCACACGGGGCAUCGCAGCUCCUGCUCCAUGCUCUUCAUGUUGGACUGGAAGCGCACAAACAUGAACACACCAUCACAAAAAACAUGGAUGAAUAUUACCUAUCUACAGUGUUUUACGUUCAUCUUUCAUCUUAACGCAGCAUCUCGUUCCCAUGACAACAUCCAUCAGCUUUCCCAUGACAACAUCUAUCAGCUUGACAUGCCGGCAAAACCCACUUAUAUCCAUCCUGGUUUAAAUUAAAAUAGCUUUAGGUCACAUUUCAUCCAAUAAAAACCUUCAGUUAGCUAAAAAAAAAAACAAUGCUAUGGACUUCCAUAAUGCAGAAAUAAACGUGCAUUUCAUGCGUAAAUCUACAUGUAAGAGUGUUAUACUCACGCUGAUACGAAGCAAGGCGUCCAUGAGGGUUGAAAAGGUUUUUAAUUCAGUGUCUGACAUGCCAAAACCAAGGCAAAGCUGCUAUCUCAGGCUUUUAAACCGGAUUUAUACCCACGUAGGCCGGCAGACUGCUUACUAACGUGCUACCGUUAGCCUGCACGCAGGAUGUAUGCAGUGGAGAUAGGAAAUAUGAAAUAUAAUAGCACAAGGGUAUUAUGAUUUUUUUUGUAUCAAUAUUACUAUCAUCAUGUUGUAUUGGAAUAUUUAAGAAAGCAAAAUAUAAUUUUUAUUUUAUUUUAUUCUCCCUUUAAAAAAAAACUACAUAAAUAUUCGGUAGCCUAGUUUCUCAUUUUCCCGCUAGAUGGCAGCAUUGUGUUGUUGCCCAGAAGGAACAUUUUAAACGUUGUUGUUCUUACCCGGAUACUAAUCAAGAACGACCGGCUCCACUGUUUUUAUUUGUAUUUGUAUUUUAUUAUUUGUUUAAUUAAACAACACACGUAUUUAUAAUUCACACAAAAUUCAAGGCGCUUUCAACAUCAAGGAAAGAAAACAGAAGCAAAUACAGCUUGAGCGUAAUACUAUGAAAUAUAUUUUUUAAAGACAAAAAGGGCUACUUAAACCACUUUAAAUGUUUUUAACAAAUGUAUCCAUUUAAGGGCUAAUGUAAUCUUAAUCAUUCUCCAAGAUUUGAUUGAUUUUUGUAAUCCAUUAAGCCAAUUACAAAAUGUAGGCCUUACUUUCAUAAAUCGACAUUUAUGUAAAAAAAAUAAAAAUAGCCUGUAGCAUAAUAAUGUUGAGGCUCCACGGUUUUUGUAUAAACUACAGGAUUUAUGCAGUGGAGAAAGGAAAUAUGGGAAAUAAUAGGCCAGUAGUUUUAUGAUAAUUGUUAUUAUUAGUAUUAUACUUUUUUUACCACAGUUUAUAUAUUUAAUAUGUGUACAGAGUGUUCUUAUUUCUUUAAAGCUUACAAUUUAUAUAAAAACGACACAAAUAUUAAUCUGCCUGGUUUCUUGUUUUGCCAGGAGAAAGCAGCAUUGUGUAUGCAUGGUAUGAACUGGUCAGAACUACAAACGUUGUUUUUUUUGUUUUUACCCGGAUGUUAAGCAAGAACGCACCGGCUCCACUUGUUGUAUGUUAAAUUAAGCCGUCGUGAUUCGUUUUUAAUAUAUUUUUUAUCAAGGUGAAUUUGAGCUACAAUAUUAACUUACAUCCAUUAAAUUCGUUGUAAAUAGCUGAAUUCCGUGUGUAAACGAAUGUUGUCUUAUCGGAACUUUCAAACGUUGUUGUUGUUUCUUUCCGGAGACCAAUAAAAAAGAACCGGCUUCGCUGUUGUUGUAGCAACCGUCGGCGGCGAUAAGUAUGUUAAAUUAAGCCUUUAUGAUUCGUUUUAAUGCGCAAUUGUUACGUGUGUUAUUAAGGUGGAUUUAAUCGAAAAUAUUAAUAUAAUUCCAUUAAACAUGAUUUGUAAUUGUGUUUUGCAAUUGCUUCGACGCUACUGAUAAGCCUGCACCAUAAAAAACCGUCGUUGAACUUUGGUUACAUUUUGUAGCGGGAUCUGUUUUUUUUAUUGUCAAUUGAAUUUCUUAUAAUUGCGAAUUAGCAUGUCGGCAAUUACUAGCCUCAUUCCUGCACGGUUCCUGACAAUCAUUGCUCACCUUGUUAUAGUCAUCACUAUCUUUUGGACGAGGGAAAAUAACGUGAAGGCCUGCCUGCCUCUGGAGUUCACGCAAGAGCAAUACAAUAGUGAAGAUUCCAAGUUGGUGGUGGCACUGUCAGUCACUCUCGCAUUGUUUGCUAUCGAGAUAGUUGGCUUCUUCUCGGGAGUGUCAAUGUUCAACAGCAGCCAAGGCCUCUUGUCACUGGCUGUCCACUGCAGCGCAUCCGUCUCCUUGUCUUAUUUUGUGUUUGACAAGUGGGAAUGCUGGACUUAUUGGGUUAUUUUCUUCCCCUGCAGUGUGCUGCCUGCCUUUGUGGAGAUUCUACUAUUAAUCGCCGUUUUUGGACUGAAGAAGAAGCCGUUGUGAGAGGCUGGACUCUAAUUUAUAGGACUAUAAUAGAGAAAAGGCAUGCUUUGUAUUAAGAUUGUCAUGUUUCAAUGCAAUCGUAAAGAAAGGAGUGAGAAAAUGCCACCAUGUUGUUGUCAUUGUGAAAUGCUGAUUUUUAUGUUUUUUACAUUAAUUUUUGUUGUUUCACCAUUGCAAAAAAGAAGAUACUUGUUUAUCUGUCAUCUUACCAACCACCACAACCUGUAUCUUUAUCGUACUAUGUAAUGCAGGAGUGUCCAAACUUUUUCCACUGAAAAAGGAAAGCAUGUGGGGGCCAUUUUGAUAUUUUAGAUUUUCAAAACCAAUACAAUAUUUAUUGUAACCCCUCAAUUUUGGGUUAAUGUUAAAGGUCUCGGGGACUCCAAAGGGUUAUUAAAGUGUUAAAAAUAGGUCAUAUAUUUGUUUUUGUUUUUACUUUUAACCCUUAAAUAUCUAUAUAUCAACUUCAGAUCCCUCUGUUCCUGUAAUGGUUUAGUUUUUUGUAUGUUUAAUACCUUUUUUCAAAGAAACUCCUGUUUUUUAAGGCAGUAACAUAAAAUAUGCAACAUUUUCCAUAAAAAAUUUCAAAAUGUGAAGUACUUGAAAUCUUACAUAAAUAAAAUAAAAACAUCAUGAAAACCUU